UUUAUAUUUCGGUGAAAAGAUGAUGUGAUUAAGGUCCAAAUUUUGUUGUCUAGUAAAGAAAAACAAAAAAAGGUAAAAAUAUGCUUGUGACUGAGGAAAUAACAGCACGUGUGGAAUAAUAAACAUGACUUACUUCCGCGUUACCACGUAAUCAUCUUCUUCAACAACGCGCAUACAAGCUGCGACCUUCUUCUUCUUCUUCUUAUAACUGUACUUAUCGCAAACACAUGUAUAUAUACACUCACAAGCCGCCAUUUUCACUAUACUGUCAGCUCCAAAACAUACCUGAAUAAGUGAAUAUACAUUAAAACCUAAUCUAUCAUCAUAUCCAUCUCUUUCCCUCUCUGCAUUUAGAGAUAUGGAUGCAUCCCCAAAGUACACAGGUGUACGGAAGAGGAAGUGGGGAAAAUGGGUGGCUGAGAUUCGUCUCCCCAACAGCCGUGACAGGAUCUGGUUAGGCUCUUUCGACUCUGCUGAGAAGGCGGCGCGUGCUUUCGACGCGGCUCUUUACUGUCUUCGUGGCCCCGGAGCACGCUUCAACUUCCCCGACAAUCCUCCGGAGAUUCCCGGUGGUCGUUCUCUGACGCCGCAGCAGAUUCAGGUCGUAGCUAGCCGUUUCGCCUGCGAGGAGGAGCUACUACCACCGGAACAACAUCAUCCGUCACCGCCACGUGGCGACCAUAAUACCGAGGAAGAAGUGAUAAUUUCGGCACGUGGGGAAAUUAAUAGUGGUAGUGGUGGGCCUACGUUAGGGCAAGUUGGGGAAGAUAAUAACAACGAGGGUAAUAGUAAUGACACGUCGUCGUAUUGGCCUUUAAUAUGGGAGGAGGAGAAUUUUGUAGGUCCUCCUAACUCAGAUCAUGAGUUCGGUUUUUUCACAGAUGAUUCAACCAAUUUGUACUUCCCGACACAACAACAACAACAACAUCAGCUCUCGUCUGAUUUUUACUAUGAUGGAGCUUGUGAAGAUGAUUUCUCUCAUUACAAUAUUAACCUUUGGAAUUUCUGAGAUCCAUUUUUUUGGUGAUCUUGGACCAAAUAUUCCUAUAUUGAUUAAUUCAAUUUGUGGAUUUCGAAUUCGAGAUUUCAAAUGAUCUUGAACCAGAAUUUUCACCACCCACUAGUAGUGUGAAUCAUUUGUUUGAACUUUGAAGCGAAUCCUAUAUGCCACAAUGUAAGCAAGCCUGAGUAAUAGCUUCACUACUUAAUUAUCUUAUUCUUCUUCUUCUUUUUGUUUAUUAAAACCAAUCUGUUUCAUAUGAUUUUUCAAUAUAUUUUUUUGUAUCUAUGUGCUUUGUACGUAUUACCUGGCACAAUGUAAUCUUCUAUCUUUUCUAAGAUUCGCUUGCAUUUUUGUACAAAGCCAAUCUUGGCCCCCCUAUCUUUUGGUCUUAUAUACCGAUGGUUUUUAAAGUUUAUACGUAAGGUUCCAUAUGUGGUUUUCUAUAAGUACUCACGUUUUGCGUGGCUGAAAUGUUGUUAAUUAUAUAAAUUAAUUUGUAUUAAAAACUUUAUACAAAUAUCAUGUAAAU